AUGAUUCUACCCACUAUAAUAUUCUUUACAUUAUCAUUGCUACUUUCGGUGCUCGCCUUGAAUAGAUUUCUCUCUUUUAAAAAUCAACCAAAUAUUCUCUUUGCUAUAGUGGUGAUUUCGGCAAUUUACAUUCCAAUAUCAAUUACUUUUUUAUUACCAAUUGAUAUUCUUUCAAGUAAUGAUGAUGGUACAGGUCAUGGUGAUAAUAAACAUAAUGUGUUCUAUUUAGAUUCAAAAUAUAUACUAUUCCUUUGGAAAUUGGAUUAUUGGUCUGCUUUCUUGUUUAUGUGGGUACUUUUACCAUUCUUACAAGAAUAUUAUAGAUCAGGUCAAUUUAAUUCCAUUUCAAAAGCUAAAGAUUCAUUCAUAAGUAAUUUGAAAUUCCAAUUAGCAGUGGGAGGGAUAGGUAUUAUUGGUUUAGUAUAUUUCUUUAUGAGAUUUGGUUUCAAUUUCCAAAUUUUUAAAAGUUUAUUAAUUGCAUUAUCACAUACUUAUUCAUUAAUUCUAUCACUUUGGUUAAUGUCACAUGGUUUAAUAAAUAUACCAAGAAGACGUUGGAAUAAUAAUAUAAAUUUAAAUAAUCAAUUGGAAAAUUUAUAUUUAUCAUUACCUAAAACUUAUGAUGAAUUAAAUGAAUCAAAUUAUAAUUUUAAAGAUGUUUGUGCUACAAUUGAUAAGAUUUCAUCAUUACCAGGAAUUCAUCAAAGUAUAUGGUUAAAUGAAAUUAAUAUUUUGAAAAAUCAAAUCCCUUCAGAUUUAAAUAUUAGAAAUCAUGUUAUUAAUGAAAAUUUUACAGAUAUAAAUCAAAUUAAUUUAUCAAUCUUGUCAAAAUUAAAUUCUAAAUUGAAAAAAGAAACUACAAAUUAUGAAGCAUCAAAAUAUGAAUUUAAUAAAAAAAAAUUUGAAAUAUUAAAAUUACAAGAUAUUUUAGAAUCAAAAGAAACUAAAACUUUAAAAUUUAGAUAUAAUUCAACAGGUUUAAAUUUAUCACAUAAUGGAAGAUUAAAUUAUUUAAUCUAUGUUUAUUUCAUUCCAAUUAUAAAUAUCUUGAUUUCAAUUUUCUUGUUUUUAUUAUCCAUUAUAAUUAUUGAAAGUGAAUUAUUACAUUCAACCAAGUUAUCAAUUGUGGAUUUUUUAUUAUCAUCAACUAAAAUAUCAUCAACUUGGAAAUUUAUAAUUUCAAUUAUUUUAUUAACUUAUAUGGCUAUGAGUGCAUUAGUUUCAUUAACAAGAAUUAAUAUUUUUAAAAUUUAUCAUCUUUUCCCUAAAAAUUCAAAUCCUGUUAGUAUUGUUUUUUUCACAAUGUAUGCAAAUAGAUUAACAAUUCCAUUAUCAUUUAAUUUUUUAACAUUAUUAAGAACAGGUAAAAUUCAUUCAAAUUUUGAUAAUUUUUUGGGGAAAUCAAUUAAUUUAUCAAUUUUAGGUGGAUUUUUAAAUGAUAAUUUACCAAGAUUAAUAAUUAUACCAAUUUUAUUAACUUUUUUCAAUGUUUUCGAUAAAUUAAAACAAAAAUUAACAUUUGGAUAUUUUGAUGAUUAUUUAAAUAUUGAUGAAGAUGAAUCAAGAGAUCAAUUAAACUCUGGAGAUAUUGAAAAUGGUUAUUUAAGAAAAGAAAAUGUUAUUAAAGAAGCUAAAUCAAUUAUACUUAGAGAAGUUGGAACAAUGAAUACAACAAGAUACCAGGAUUCAUCUUCAAGAAAUUCAAGAUCAAGUUUACAUUUAGAUCAAAAUGAAAGUAGUUCAAGACCAAGUUAUGAACAAGAUUCUUCAAUUUUCGAUAGAUUAAAACAAAAUGUUAAUUUUGAUAAUGUUAAAAAAUUUAAUAUAUUUGGAGAUAGAUCCAAAACAAAUAGAUUAGAUGAAGAUGUACUAUGA